UAUGGAAUUUAUCCUCCCCAGUGCUGCGCUAGCUACAAUCGAUUUCUUCAAUGGUUUCGGCAGGCACCGGUGUGACACGGUGCUUCUCCGCAGCGACGGCCAAGCUGUUGACACUGCGUUUCUCCGGUUCGUGAUGGCCGUGCAACACAGCAGCUGAGCACGUGGGGAGAAUCGUGACGGACGGUGCAACAUUCCUUUUUUCUCAUGAGGAUUUGACAUACACACAGGUUUCUGCAGGCUAUCGUCACACCGUACUGGCAUCCGAAGUGACGGCAGUGCUGAUGCCUGCGGAUGGAAUGAUUUCGGACAUUCCACCCUUGGAUGAGGGUAUCAGAUACACCCAAGUUUGUGCCCUGUGGAUUGGGUGAGGGCACUGACUUGUUUAGUGCCUGUCCAUGUGCGCUGCUCGUUUGGGGGUAGUUCACUCAAAAGUUUCACACAGAUACACCCAAGUUUCUGCAGGUCAUAAGCAUACAGUGCUUCUCGGAAGUGAUGGCCGUGCUGUUGCGUGCGGAAAUACUGCGGACGGGCAAUGCGACAUUCCACCCUUGAAUGAGGGCAUUACAUACACCCAGGUUUUUGCAGGUGGAACUCAUACAGUGCUUCUCCGAAGUGAUGGCCCUGCUGUUGCUUGCGGAUGCCAUGCUUUGGGACGAUGCAACAUUCCACCUUUGAAUCGGAAAGUGAGAUACACCCAGCUUGCCGCAGGUGCUCAUACAGUGCUUCUCGGAAGUGACGCCGGGGCAGUUGUGUGGAAGCAAUUGUUUUAGGCAGUGUGAACAAUUCCGUCUUUAUUUCAUCUCCGGGCUGAGUCGCAAUGUAGAGCCAAAAAA